GCGACCUUGCCUGCUUUGCUCUGCCUGCCCUGCUCUCCCAGCAACGCCAACCCCGAUGCUGGCCGCCGCCACCGCCUCCCUCCCCCCGCCGUUCCGCCGCGGUCGCCUGAGCACCUCUCAUGGAGGCGGAGGUGUGUCCCGCCCUCUUCGCCUGCGCCUGCGGCGGAGGGCUUUGGUCUGCCGGGCGAACCUGCAGGACGACGCGCCGUUCGCCGCCGCCAUCGGCGCCUGCCUGCUUGCCUCCCUCGUGCUCCCCGCGUCGAGAGGCCGCGGAGAGGAGGAGGAGGAAGGGGAGUUUGGCGCGACGGACACGAGGAUGGGCGUCAUGGGGAUCAUCUCCUUCCUGCCUUACUUCAACUGGCUGAGCUGGAUCUUUGCGUGGCUGGACAGCGGGAAGCGGCGGUAUCUGUUCUACGCCGCCGCAUACUUGGCUCCGUAUCUAAGAACGAAUUUAUCACUGUCACCUGAAGAGAGCUGGCUGCCUAUAGCUAGCAUAUUUGCCUGCAUAUUACAUAUUCAGCUAGAGGCAAGCAUCAGGAGUGGUGACAUCGAGAUGUUGACGUUCACUCAGAGAGCCUGGAGACAAAUUUUCCCUAGUGCUCUGAAGAAGAAGGAAGCUCGGCAUGGAAACAAAGGAAAAUCAAUCAGAAAGGGCAACGGUAGCAGAAGAAUUCCAUCGGCACAUGAAUCUAGAGAAAAGCUUCGGAAUUCAGAUAUCUUCAAGAGAAAACUUGAUGAAACGAACGACAAGAAACAAAACAAGUCAGAUUGGAACUGAACUCAAGACGGCCUCGUUCUUUCUCUUGGCAAGAUCAACAUCCUUUCGGUGAACUCCUGUUGCUGUUUGCGAAACUGAUGUGCAGUUACCAGAUAUCCUGUCCAAUUAGACUUAGGUGUAGCUAGUCUUCAAGGUGACCCACGAGUUGUUGGAUCGAGCAGGCAACCAGGCCAACCAGAGUGAGCCCGUGGUGUUUUUAUGUUUCUGCUAAUUAUGUUUAAUUGUUCGUAGCAUUCAGCAAGAAUAAUUAACACUGCAGGGCUUGCUCGGUCUGAAUUUCUGAAUGAAAGUAGCCUAAUUCCUGGUUUGUCCAUUCUCUUGUCAGAAAUCAGAGCAAGCCUAUUUGGGUUCCUGUUGAUUUCGGACGUGUGCAUCUCUUGGUAACGUAGAUUGGUCAGAGUAUGUGCAUGUCGAGGCUUGAGAACAUAUGUUAGGUGAGGUGUUGGAGAAUUUGUUCCUGGAUGCCAAUCGUGGAUAUUGUUCUUAAAAUGCACCCAUGGCCACUAUGGUUCUUCCGUUCUGUACACUUUUGCUGUCAGUGCGCGUCAGUUUCGUAAUUGUAAGUCGUAACACAACUUGGACUCAUCGUAUUCGUUGAUUAACAGACCACGGGACAU